GGAGCGUGCGCGGGCGGGGGCAGUUGACGUUGGUGACGCGACCCACGUGACGGAGCUAUAUUAGGCCCGCGCGUCGAGGACGCGAUGUGCGCCACCGAUGCCACAGGCCGGCAGUGCACCAAUCUGAUCGUCGCAAGCAUGCCGUCCCAGCCUCCCUCUUCCUCCUUCCCUUCUCCCUUCUCUUCCCCCGCUGCUAUAAGACCGCUCGCUCGACGCCAUGGCUGCCUCAAUCCCCGUCCCCGGCCUCAACAAGCUCUCCCUCAACAAAAUGAAGCAUAUGCACCACGAAAGCCAGUCCGAGGCUCACAGGAUCUUCCGUGAGUCCGCUGGACACGGAGCCAGAGGUCUCCUCCCUCAAACCGUCAACCCGGAUGAAGAGACCGUGCCUGGUAUCCUGCAUCCGGGCAGCACGGGCGUCAUCUACUGCUCCGACCGUGCGAUGGCCAACGGGUUCAACUACGCCUCCUCGCACGAGUGGUCCAACCUCGGCCAGGGCGCGCCCGAGACGGGCGACAUCCCCGGCGCGCCGCCGCGGCCGUCGAACGUCGAGCUCACCUUCGACUCACUCGAGUACGCGCCCACCACGGGUGUGAAGGGGCUCCGCGAGGCGGUGGCGAACCUGUACAACCAUACGUACCGCCAGGGGAAGGCCAGCCAGUACACGUACGAGAACGUGUGCAUCGUCCCCGGUGGGCGCGCGGGCUUGUCGCGUGUCGCUGCGGUCAUUGGUGAUGUCUAUACGUCGUACCAAGUCCCCGACUACACUGCGUAUGACCAGGUCCUGGGUGCGUUCAGAAGGCUCGUGCCCGUCCCUACCACCUUGGAAGAGGAAGAAAAUUACCACUUGAACAUCGAUCAGACACGCAAGGAUAUCAGGAGUCAGGGCAUCCAGGUCCUCAUCGCCUCGAACCCGCGCAACCCGACCGGGCAGGUCAUUCGUGAUGGCGAGCUGAAUGACCUCGUCGCUCUCGCGCGCGAGAGCAGCACGACGGUUAUUCUGGACGAGUUCUACUCGUGGUACCUCUACCCGGAAAAAGAAGAGGACUUCGGCAAGUCCGUGUCCAGCGCUGAAUUCAUCGAUGAUGUGAACCAGGACCCCAUCGUCAUCAUCGACGGUCUGACGAAGAACUGGCGUCUCCCAGGCUGGCGCGUCUGCUGGGUCGUCGGGCCCAAGAACCUCGUCACCGCGCUCUCCCAGUCCGGCUCCUUCCUCGACGGCGGGGCGAACCACCCGCUCCAGCUCGCCGCGAUCCCCCUGCUCGACCCGGAGCGCGUCAAGCAGGAGAAGCUCUCGCUCCAGAAGCACUUCAAGCACAAGCGCGACCACGUCCUCGCGCGGCUGAAGGCGAUCGGGUUCAAGGUGCGCGUGCCGCCGCACGCGACGUUCUACGUGUGGCUCGACCUCGAGAGCCUGCCCGCGCCGAUCAACAACGGGCUGACGUUCUUCGAGGAGCUCCUCAAGGAGAAGACGAUCGUGAUCCCGGGGAUCUUCUUCGAUAUCAACCCAUCCCACGGAGGAACCUGUCUGGACGCGAUGGCGCGCGUGCUGCAGAAGGCGCGGGGCGAGGGCAGGCGCCACUUUGGGCACGGGUACAAGAAGAGUAUCGACUCGCCCACCGCUCUCGCGACGUUUGUCUGAACGGGCUGGUCUGUUCUUUCUUUUUUCUUCUAGGGCUCUUCCACGAACAUCGUUCCUGGACGGCUGUGCUGCGUGUCGGAGUGGAGCUUGAUUGAGCGUGGGAGGGCCCGGGCGUGUGUCGAGGGACGAAGGCGAAGUGCGAAGAAGGUGGAUGGAGGACGAGAAGUGAUGGAGAUGCGUUGUACAGGUAUGUGGGCGUAUAUGUAUGUAUUGAUGUGCGGAGACGUGAUCUUAAAACAAUUGUACCCUGUUAACUCGGCUGG